AAGUAAAUAAGAUUAGUAAGAGUCGAAAUUUAAAUAAAACGAAAAUGCAUUCCAGAAAAAUGUGGAAAUCAAUUAUUUUAUUGAUCUGCCUUAGUGGAUACUGCUGUGCCGGACCACUUGGCCAAAAGAAAAACAUGCCAAUUAUGCAACGUGAUGGUGAACCAAUGAUUAAAGAAGCAGCUGGUUCUGAAGAAGCUGUUGCUGAAAAACCCAUGUCCGCACAAGAAACAAUGCUUAUGUCUACCUUGACACUACCAAGCAAUGCAACUUCAAUUCGCGCCGAUAUCACUGAUAAUUUCUCCUGUGACGAUAAAGCCUAUGGUUACUAUGCUGAUGUGGAAAAUGAUUGCCAAAUUUUCCACGUAUGUCUGCCGGUCACAUAUGCCGAUGGCAAGGAAAACACCUUCCGCUGGAGUUUUAUAUGUCCCGAAGAAACAGUAUUCAGUCAGGAUUCUUUUACUUGUAUGCGCCCCGAGGAUAUGAGCAUUGAAUGCGAAGAGUCACACAAAUAUUAUGAACUUAAUCGUAACUUUGGAAUGAUUGAAAGUGAAUCGAAUAACAACAACAACAAUAUGGCUAGCGAUCAUGAAGAUGCCAUGCCAGCAGCAGCCGAAGCUCAACCACAAAUUCAAUCAAAACCAGUUAUGCGGGAGGAUGAAAAAGUUCAAAUGGCUGCAGCUCCAGUACAAAUGCAAGCACAAUCAAUGAAGGAUAAAAUGAAUGAGAAAGAAAAGCCAGUUAAAGUACAAAAACCUAACCGCAGAAAGCCAGCCAUUUCAUUUAGUGCACAAAAGAAACCCGCAACUCAUCCUUUACGUAAAGUUCCACAAACGAAUACUGUCGCAACUGCAGAGGUACUACCAGAGAAACAAGUGGUAGAAAUAGUGAAAACAGAAGAGGAGGCAACAGAAGUAAAACCUGUUGUACAAAGAUUUAAAAAGCGUCCAACACAUGUUAUCACUUUAGUCAAGGAAAAGCCACAAACAACUUCCAUUUUAGUCGAAAAAACUAAAACUCCCUUACGUACAGACAUAUACAAUCAAAUAAGAAAGAGACCCACAUUUGCAAAUAAACAGGAAACUGUUUUUGUGGAUACAAAAACAGUACCAGAAAAUACUCCUGAAGUUGUUGUUGCAGAAACACCUAUAUCCACAUUAGUCAUUAAAUCAGAAACAGCACCCAUACCAGAUGCACUUCCUGCCGACACAACUACAUCAGAUGUCAAACUAGUCAAUACUGCUAAUGCUAUUAUUGAACCAGAUUCCUCUGCAUCCGAAACGGCAAUCACCUAUAUAAAACCAGCCGAAGUUGUAAAGGACGCUGAUGAAAAUAAACCAGAAGAAACAGUUUUAGCUGCUGAACCAAUUAAUCUCGAUAGUACUAAAACAAAAGCAACUGAGCUGAUUGCAACAGAAACUGUACCUGCGCCAUUAGUGGAAGAGACAGUCAAAGCUGAACAACCAUUGAUGCCAAUUGAAGCUAUUGAAGAAAUUCCAGCUGUAAUUGCAGAAGUAGAGGAAAAUCAGUUAGCCAGUAAUGAUAAGAAUAUGCUAAAAACUGAACCUAUUUUAGUUGUUGAUGAAAACAAGCCUUCGUUGCAUGAAGAGCAGGUUACUAUUGAUGAAGCACCCAUUAAACCAGAAAUAGUAGAGCCCACAUUUAAUAAAGUUGAAUUGACAAAUGAACCAAUGGAGGUAGUACCACUAAAACUAGAAGAUAAUAAAGUUAAAACAGUUACAGAAGACAUGCCACAAGUAAUUGAAACUCAGCCCAUGUCAACUAAUACAGCAGCAGUUCCUCAAGAUAUGCCAGUUGAUGUGCCAGCUACAAAUGUUAAUGAAAGCGAAGAACUCAUAAAACCAAUUGAGUCAGCUGAAGUUAUGCCUGUAGCAGAUGAAGUUGAGAAUGCAGAUACUCAAAAAGAAACCAUGGGUGGCUUUAAACCAGUAGACCCAGCUAUGGCUGCUGAAGCUGAAGCAUUAAUUACAGAUUUCUUAAAUACCUUGAAGAAAACUGACGCUGACAUGCAACCAAUUAUGCCAGGAGACAUUAUGCCAGAAACUAUAAAAGAGGCGACUGAAAAUCAAGAAACUAUGAAUUCAAGUGAACCAGCAGCAGAAGUAGAACAACUCAAAGGUGAAAGUAAUGGAGAGGAACCAACGUCUGUUGAAAAAAUGGUAAUGCCCGAAGAAACUCCAAACGAAAUGCUUGAAAAAAGUGAAACUUCGCAACCUAUACCAGCUGAUAAUGUAGCGCUGAAGAGUUCUUCUGAGACUGCAGAUAGUAUAGAAGAACAAACUUCUGUUGAGGUUGUUCCAAUGCCAAAUAAGGAGUUAAAUGCUUUUCCAAGUGAAAUGUAUCAAAUUCCAGUUCAAGUUAUAGCUGCACCGAUCGAGGACAUGUUAAGUGCAGGACAACUUACUGAAAAAGAAAAUAAAUCACAAGAAAAUGUGGACAGUGUUGAAUCGCAUUUACAAAAGAAAUUAGAAGAAGAAACAGAAAAUAAGAAAUUAGAAGCAGAAACGGAAACGGAAGAUAAAUUGACAACAACCUCUGAUGAAGAAAAUAAUAAAAAGACUGAAACUAAUUUAGAACCUGAAAAAUCUGCCUAUGCACCACUUAGUAUUGAUGAUAUCGUAGAACUUGUUAAAGAAAGGUUAGAUCAGUUGCCAGCAUCUGAUAAGAAGAAGCCAAUUGAGCUUGUAAUGAAAAAUGAAAGCGAGGAAAAUCAGAAUGAAGAACCACUUAAAACACUAACUGAGAACUCUGAGGAACAAGGAUCACCGGAAGUAAUUAUAAUGCCAAUUUAUCAUCGUACACAGGACACAAAUGAAAAUACUUUAAAAACACAAUCCGCGUUAACUGAAACUGAAACGGAUAAUUUACCUGCAAGCAGUACAUUAACUGAAACUAAAGUGGAGCCUGAGAAUGAAACUCUAAAUAAAGCCGUACAAACUGAAGAAGUGGCAGAGCCAAUUGUAUCAAGUAGCGAUACCGCCAAAUUGACACCCGAAACCACUGAGGAGAACGAAAAAACUAGUCGCUUCUAUCGAGCACGCAACUUGAAGAACUCGAAAAUGGAUCCACGCAAGCGUCGCUUUCUCUUCAGAUCAGAUGCCAGUUAAAAUAUUGGCAUGUGUAUUACUUUAGUGUUUGCCUGCGCCCAUAACCCGCCAAUUCAACAAAUCCUUAGGUUUCCUAGAAUUUUCUAUAUUUCGCUCAUUUAAGGUACAACAAACGAUGACUGCAUUG